AUGUUUAUUUUUAGAAAUUUAUUUGAGUGGUGUAAAUUUGAUUACGAUAAUUGUUUGUUAGUAGCCGGAUCAUCAGUGUCAAGAAACCCUACAAAUAAAGAAUCUACUAUAAAAGACUUGUUCGGUAAUCAGGUAUAUCUCGAAUAUGAAGAUCAUUUGGACAAUUACCUAUUGAAACAGGAGGCUAAAAAAUUAACUGAUUCCUCUUCUGUAAUGAAAUUUAUAGAUGAAGGAACAGAGGAAAGAAAAAAAGAGAAAGUCAGUAAGUUUAUAGAAUUAAGCAGAACUUUUGCGAAUGAAAUGAUCAACGGAGUUAAUAUUGAACUUGUGCUUGGAGAUGGGAAAGCUCAUGUAUUGCACCUAUCACUUAAUAAAGAUCUUAAUGCAUUAUAUCUUCGAAGAAGUGGGAAAAAAUUAAUUCUUCCUCUGAACAUUGUUAGCCUAAUUGAGAUUCCAUCAGAAAAACUAAUUUCGGAAGCACCUGAGCUUCAAAAUGUAGAUGAUUGCGAACUUGAGCGCAUUGUAGCUAUUUCUACUGUUUCAGAUGAUUGGUAUAUUUUUAUAAUGAAAGAUACUGAAAUGAGAGAUAGAUUCUACCAACAAAUGAGACUGUUGGUGGCAUCCAUUAAGAUCUCGUUGGUUGGAAGUGACAGGUAUUGGGGGAAGACAUAUAAUGGGCCACUGAUGGACUCUGUGCAUAUAGAGUCAGACGAUGAAGCUGUAUUUUUGUUUCAAGAAGAAGGGCAUGAAUUUGUUAAUACUUAG